CUGUGCCAGCGGCUUCCGCUUCAGUGUACAGACAAGGCUACACACAAUUCCUGCCCAUCUUUCUGGGCUUGCCAAAAACAUUCAGAGAGGAGCCACUGCGGAGGUUGAUAAUUUUCCUUCGUGGACAAAGCCAAAGAAGCUAAGCUCUGAAGUCAGAACCAUCAACCUACUGUUCAUUAUUUGAGGAGGUGUAUUUGCCUGGUGGCUGUCCUCUCUUGUCAAGCCAUCUCCAAUAAAUCUGCACGUGGCAAAUUUUGGGACCCACAUCUCGACAUCUUGCAUUUUCCUUUGGCCCUGGUGACGUUCCGGAGGACACAUCUUCUACUGCUGUCCCUACAGAUGCACUGUUGGGUCACUACCAAAAGGAAUAUGUGCUAGAAACUAAAAUCUGCUCUAAAAAAAACUGCUCAACUUUGAGUGUAGAAGAUGAGCAAUGAAGACGAGUUUUACGACGCCGUCACAGUUCUUGCCUUGGACAGGCCUGGACUCAGACGAGUCGUGUGAAGGGUUGUCUGAGGCCAGUUUCAAAGAUGCCAGAGGGUUCGAUGGCAGCAUUCAGAAGAACAAUGGAUCAGUACCACAAGAGAACGGCAUCAGGAAACACAGGACAUCUUUACCAGCACCCAUGUUUUCCAGAAACACGGUCAGCAUCUGGAGUAUCCUCAAGAAAUGUAUUGGACUGGAGCUGUCUAAGAUCACGAUGCCCAUCGUCUUCAACGAGCCUCUGAGCUUCCUGCAGAGGAUCUCAGAAUACAUGGAACACACUUACCUCAUCAACAAAGCCUGCUCGCUGUCCGACUCCAUAGAGCGCAUGCAGUCAGUAGCUGCUUUUGCUGUGUCAGCAGUUGCGUCUCAGUGGGACAGAACUGGAAAACCCUUCAACCCACUGCUGGGAGAGACCUUUGAACUCAUCAGAGAGGAUCAGGGUUUCCGGCUGGUGUCAGAGCAGGUUUCCCAUCAUCCUCCGGUCAGUGCCUUCCACGCAGAGAGCCUCUCCGGGGACUUCGUCUUCCACGGCUCCAUCUAUCCCAAACUCAAGUUCUGGGGCAAGAGUGUCGAGGCAGAGCCAAGAGGAACAAUCACACUAGAACUUCUAAAGCACAACGAAGUGUACACAUGGAGUAAUCCUUACUGCUGCGUGCAUAACAUCAUCCUGGGCAAGCUGUGGAUAGAGCAGUACGGAACAGUGGAAAUAGUCAAUCACAGCACCGGGGAGAAGUGUGUGCUGAAUUUUAAGCCAUGUGGAAUGUUUGGCAAGGAGCUGCACAAAGUAGAGGGAUACAUUCAAGAUAAGAAUAAGAAGAAGCUCUGCGUAAUCUAUGGGAAGUGGACUGAGUGCAUGUGGAGCAUCGACCCUCAGGAGUACGAGAUCUACAAGAAGUCGGACAAGAAAGGCGACAAGAGCAAAAAGAAUGAGGAGCUUCAAAAAGCUGAGAAUGAUGAAGCAGACGACAUGCCUGAAAUCCAGGAAACGGUGUCUGUUGUACCAGGAAGCACUCUGUUGUGGAGGAUAGAGUCCAGACCAGCACACUCUGCUAAGAUGUACAACUUCACAAACUUUGCGAUGGCUCUCAACGAGCUGGAGUCUGGCAUGGGAGCCAUUUUGGCCCCCACCGACUGUCGCUUCAGGCCCGACAUCAGAGCCAUGGAGAAUGGAAACAUAGACGAGGCGAGCAAAGAGAAGGAGAGACUGGAAGAAAAACAGAGAGCUGCCAGGAAGGAGAGAGCCAAGGACGAGGAGGAGUGGACAACUAGGUGGUUCCAGAUGGGCACCAACCCGUAUACCGGCUCCCAGGAGUGGAUCUACAGUGGCGGCUACUUCAAUAGGAACUACCAGAACCUGCCCGAUAUAUACUGAUACUCUGCUAGCCUUCAUCUUUCUCCUCUUCCUGCUCCUCCUCCUCAUCAUCAUCGUCUUUAACCUGCGUUUUCAUUUUUUCAUUUUUGGCCCAUCAUGAUGCAAAGAGAAUUGCUAAAAAUGCAUCCUUAAAGGGUGAUGCUUUUGGAAAGAAGCCAAACGCCUGCCAUUACGUUCAACAUCUCGAAGAGAAUCGGUGACCAUCAAACGUCUCUUCUCUGCCUUGAUGCUGUAAAGAACACAAUCAUCACUUAUUCCCCGGGCAAUCUCAGCAGCAGAGAGCUGGGAACGUACCGAGUCACACAUCUGCUCUGAAUGUUUAACAUCUUUGCAAUCAGACUCUUUCCUUUCAGCUGCCAUACCUCUGGUCAGUUGCUCGUGACUUAUAAAUACACAGAUAAACGUACAUAAGUGGAAACAAUAACUUGGACGUCGCAAACCUCGCGAUGGAUUUGUGGAUUUAAACGGACUCCCAGUCAACAAGGAAAUCAGGGAUGUGAAAGUUCCUUUGACUGAAGACGGAUUUUCGCUCUGAAAGACUCGAAACACUCACAGAUUAAUAUAGAGGACGUUCUGCUCUCAAAGGAACAAACGUAUGCAUCUACUGUUGGUUCGGUUAGUUACAGCAAAUCAAUGUCUGCAUCCCACAUCCCUGAAACGCCUAGUGUUUCCCCCCUCGAGUCGCCUGAUAACACUGAAGUCGCAUCACAGAACUCCAAAGCAAGCUCAAAAAUGAAGGUCCUCCUUGCUUUAAGCUGUGGCUCUGUUGUGUGUUUGUAUGAAGUCAUUUUACUAACCAGAAGAUGUAGGCAGGAUAGCUUUUGCAGCUCAUUCAUAAAAUAAAAAUAAAUGUUCAAGAGCUGGGUUUGUACGCAACAAAGGGAAAUGCGAGUCAUUGGCAUCAAAAGGUAAUCCCUGAAAUAGUUUUUUUUUUCUUCUUUUAUGCAUUAACAGAAGACUAUAUGUAAACAUGAACACACUCAAACUCAGUUGCUAGAAGCCUGGAAAAUGACAUUUAAAGAUACUUGUUUACUUUUACGCCUCUAGGUUAUUGUUGAUGUUUAACGUAGAUUUAUAAACGUAUUUACACCGCACCCUCGAUGAACUAAUAAUCCAAAAACAAGAAAAGCUUCAACAUCUGCUUUUAAAAAAAAAUUUUAAACAACCUACUUGUGCGUCUGCAUUCGAUCCUGAAUGACUAACCUGUUUUAGAAGAUCUUGACGUUACAUGUACAUAUUUAACAGUUUAGUCGCGUCUUGCUGGGGAAACAUCCGAAACAGAAAAAAAUCUCAAGUGUAAGGCGGUGGAUACACAUUGGUCUUGUGCAUGCGUGUGUAAAUGUUUAGAAACACUUUUAAGUCAUUCUAUGGAGAAAAAAAAAAAGAAAAAAAAAUACAUCACAAAGAGUUAAUUUGCUGCGAAAAAGGGGGAAAUAAUGAAAUCAGUCGGCCGAGGUGGUUUUUUGAAUCUUGAAAACGUAACCACCAUUAAUACAACAGAAGCUUAAAAUAGCAACAAAAGAUACAAAACAAAAUGUAAAAUUAGCUUAAAAAAAUGUGCAUUGAUUGUAGUUAUUUUUUUUCGUCCUGCUACAGGUGUACAUAUCCAUCGGUGCCUUGGGGUCCGUCAUCCAAAAAUGGAUCAGCUGAGAACAAACACACCUACCAAGAGAAUGAAAGCACAGAUGGAUUAAAAGCUCCAGAACUGAUUGGGUUUAACAACCGGUCAGAAGUGUGCUCUGGGGUUAAAACAGCGGGGCAACUUCCUGCUUUGAGUUUCAAUAUUACCACCAGAUGCAAGAGACAAAAUGCUGCUGCGUAAAGUCUUUCAUUUCCAUUAUUGUAAAGCUGCACAGGCCACACAGUCGCACACACUUCUCUGAGCGAUGUGCUAAACUCUGGUGGGUAAACGUUUAGCAGAAAAGGUCUUUACAUCCUAGGUUCACGCUGGAAUCCGCUUUCCACUACCUGCACAUUCAAGCAGAAAUGAAACAUGCAGAAGCAGCGAAAUGACUCGUUUUAAUAUCUAGCUUUUAUGUCAAAGUGAUACGCUCACGUUUAGCGUUAAAAGACAUACAUAUACACAUUUCUGGCGCAGAAAAUUUGGAAAGUUGUCACUUAACACUAUGGAGCCCCGGCUGAGCUCCUGAGAGCUGCUGGCUGAUAGGUAUUGUAAUGUUUUGUUUGAUUAUUGUUUCCUCACGUCUGUGUUUGUCUGAAAUCAUGUUUCAUCACCAACUCUAUGCAACGUUUGCACAGCUACACGAACAGUCUCAUCUGUUAUUGUACAGUUGCUCUACAUUCCUGCCCCUCUCAGUCGUCCUGACACACACACACACACACGCCUACAGCUAAAUUAGACCUGCUCACACUCAUCUGUAGAUGUUAACGUAUAAUUUCAAAUAUUUCAGUGAAUGUGGGGGCGGGGGACAAACUGCAGCGGCACUAUGGCUGUCAAAUCUCACCUCAGCGUAACUUUUUUUUUGCUUAUUUUAAAACUGCAAUGAGUGCCUGGUUCUGUCUAAUUCUUUUGCUUUUUUUAUUAUUAUUAUUAUUUUGUCUAUUAUUUAUGGAGUUUUUGGUUUUAGACGUUAAUUGUUGCUAAAACUUUGCCAGAAAUGUGGUAUAAAGAUGCUUAAGCCUUCAGACUGUGGCUGUUACAUGUCAACUUGACUAGCCGGGUGGAGGGUGAUUAACUUUCUGUUUUUGACAUGUUUGGGUAAUUAAACUUAAAGAUUUAAUUCAUUUUUGGAGAAAAAAAAACAAACAACAAAAACACAAGCAAACUACAGUAACACUGUCACCAAAUGGUGAAAUUUAUCACAGAUCAAAUGUUUUAAGUAACAUGAAUGUAAACAGAGUCACCAGUCUGUUUUUUUUUGUUUUGUUUUUUUUAAAUAUGAAUUUUGCUUCUGAUGAUUUAAUUCGCUGGCCAACAUAUGCAACAGUCAGACGUUUGAGCGCUAAGGUUCUGCCAGCCGCCCCGUUAAUCUGUCCAUUUAACCGCCUCAUGUUGCUUUGACCGCUCGGUUUGUCUGUCGAUGUUUAUAUAUGUGUACAUGUGCUGCACAGAUGUAAUCACAAGCAAAAUGGCACAUUAUUUCGUGCAAUUGAUUUAUUUUUUUAGUAUUUAAACAAUUGUUGUUUUGAUUUUUUUUUUUUGGUGAGAACAUUGUACCAGAUGUUUUAUUUUGAGGUGGGGGGGAAUGUAGAGAGGGUCUUACCCACGCUGCGGACAGCUCAGUUGGUUAAUGAAUGGGGGGGAAAUGUCUACUAAUAAAAUCCUAAUUUCAGC